GAAAAACGACGCCGUUUGCUACGCGUCGGUCGGAUUAGAUAUAUUCAUUGCGUAGGCAACACUUGUCCUUACCAAACUCCACCACCUGCCCAAAUUCUAAUUUCCAUCUCUGCCCCCUUCCUCUUCCUUCUCCUUUCAAACUCUGCGUCCCAAACCCUCACGGAUCUCUCCGCCAUUGACGAUUUGAAGCCCUUUUGCACUGUUUCUCAGCCCCCCUUCUCUACCCUUUACCGCAAUCGAUCGUUCGAUCUGGAUUUUCAUCUCAUUGAACUCCGAUUGCGAGGCCUGGGUCGCGAAAGUAGUCUUGGUAGUUGGUGAAUUGAACUGGGCCGGCGGCGAUUUUGUGUUCCGAUCGGAGAGUUUCGCGCAAAUGCCGGAAGAGGAUUUGGUGGAUAUUAAGUUCCGGUUGUAUGACGGGUCCGACAUCGGACCGUUUCAGUACUCGUCCGCGUCGACCGUGGACAUGCUCAAGGAGAGAAUCGUCUUGGAAUGGCCUAAAGAUAAAACAAUUACACCGAAGGCAGCGAAUGAAGUCAAACUGAUAACUUCUGGGAAAAUUUUGGAGAACAACAAGACUGUUGGCCAGUGUAAAAUGCCUUUUGGGGAGCUUCCAGGAGGGGUUAUCGUUAUGCAUGUUGUUGUACAGCCAUCUUUAGCAAAAACGAAGACAGAAAAGAAGGUCGAAGAUUCGCCGAGGAAAAUUGUUUGCUCAUGCUCCAUAUUGUAAAAGUGAAAAAGCUGAUGCGAGCAUGCACAGUAGAGACAAACCAGUGCUCCCCAAGUCUUGUGGUUUGUUCUGGCAGCAUUCAUUAUACAGGCCUAUAGUAGUAAUGAUAUGUUCAUAUGAAAUCAUUAUUGUUCAUGACUUUCAGUAGGUUUCCCCCUUCUUCCUUCUGCUCUCUGUCUCUCUCUCUCCGAGUCUGUUUUAGAAGUAGCUUGAUGUGCAGAUGUAAUAUGAAGUUGGAUGAACCUACUAAUGUAAAAAGAGAAAAUUUUCAAUUAAUUUUCAAAAAUUGAGUUUA